AUGAGCAGUAGUGGAGACGGACAUCAUCAUCACCAUCAUUCACACUCUGAGCACAACAAUGAUCCAAAUGUUGCACUUCUUGAACCAGAAGAUUGCCAACACUUCCUUGAAUAUGCUGAGCAUGAAGAACACGAACACGAACACGAUCAUGAUCAUCACCAUGGUCAUGAUCAUGAUCAUAAUCAUGCUGCACAAGGCGUCACAUGGCGUUUAAUCACAAUGAUUGUAUUGACAGGAGUAUUCUUCUUAGCAGAGUUAAUCACAGGCUUUGUCACAAAGUCAUUAUCACUUCAAUCAGAUGCAUGGCAUAUGCUUUCUGACGAAGCAUCACUUGUUAUAGGUUUAAUUGCACAUGAAAAAGCCAAAAGACCACCAACAGACAAGUACACAUUUGGAUUAGCCCGCUCAGAAGUUAUUGGUGGUUUCACAAAUUCAGUUUUCCUUCUUGCAGUAUGCUUGACCAUUCUCUUUGAAGCAAUCGAGCGUUUCAUCAAGGUAGAAGAGAUCGUCGAGCCUCUUGCUCUUCUAAUUGUUGGUGGCCUAGGCUUACUUGUCAAUUUCAUUGGUAUGUUCAUAUUCCAUAACCAUUCACACUCAGAUAACCUCAAAGGUGUUUUCUUACACAUCACAGGCGAUUUCUUAGGCUCAGUUGCUGUUUGCAUCUCAGCAUGCGUCUGCCUUUGGACAAAAUGGGAAGGCAGGUUCUACUUAGAUCCAGCCUGCUCAAUCCUCAUCUUCUGUAUCUUAAUUUACGGAUCACAGAAUCUUCUUCGAAGAACAGGAAGUGUUUUACUAGAGACAUGCCCUCCAGGCGUUGACGUCAAUUCGAUGAAGAUUGACUUAAUGAAGAUUGAAGGCAUGGUUGCAGUUCACGAGUUACAUGUUUGGGAACUUUGCAAGGAGAGAUACCUGGCAUUGUUACACAUUGUUGUUGAUUCGAAAGACAGAAACAAGAAAGUUCUCGAACAAACUCACAACGUCAUGAUUGCACAUAAGAUCUUUUCAACAACAGUUCAAAUUGAAUUCGUUGACGAUUUCCCACAAGGAACAGACCAUAUCGGAUCAUGCUUCUAUGCUACAUCCUUUGGAAGUGACAAGAGGAUCUUUCAAACACCUCCAGUUUACCAACAUUCAAUUGGUUGUCCACACGUUAACCUCUUAUCAGCUGCUGGUGAACACCACGAAGAUCAUGACCAUGACCACGAUCAUCACGAUCAUCAUGACCAUGACAACAAUCACCAUUCACAUGAUCAUAAUCACGGAUCUUCAGAUCAAAUUGAUGUGAACGAGCAACCUCAUGAUCACAUUGAACCAUAA